AAAAAAGGCAACGAGAGCCCUUCUACAGACUCUGCGAGCACAGUGGAGCUUCAGACAGAGCCUCGAAGUCUUUGACGGAUGACAGACUGUUGCGAUAAUUGGCGACGACUUGAGGAAACACGACGCCAAGCCAGGCGGCAAUAGACAAGGCACCGGUCAGAUUGGCGACGGCGGUACGGUCCAGUACCGACACGAUAGCUCCCAUUGCAUCGUCUACCGCUGCCGGAGGAGCGGCCUCGCGUGCUGAGUGCAGAAGUGGCCGGGAGAGACGAUACCAAAAUGUCGGUGCUGCUGUUGCUGAUAGUCGACUUGGCUCGUCGCGUCGCCUAUCGGCCUCCUCAAGCUAGCAUCAUCGACCAUCCCAGCGGCAGGCCAUGGAGGACCUUGUGGAGCUCUCGGCAGCCUUCCCCGAGCUCUUCGAGAACCCUUUCGACCUCGACAAGCAGCAAGGUUGGUGGUCGGCGCGCGUUACCUUUGGGAAAGGCAACAUCAGACCCCUCGCGGAGCUCUUCAGGCUGAAGUCUGUCGAUAUGCCUGAUCCUGACCAUACAUGCCUCGACAAAAGUGUCUGCAAAAAGUGCUUUGACGGCAACGAGCUCAAGGGCCUCAUCAAAAAUCUGCCCAGGCUAGCGCUUGGGUUGAUUGAGCAGAUCGUAUACCGGCUCGAGGUCCUUGCCAUUGCGUUCGAGGAGGAUCUAGCUCGGCCACUUCGCAGUCGCUGGGGGAACGAUAACCACUACUUCGAGUACCGCGACUGCUACGGCUAUGACCAGGUUGACGAGGAGAACCUUGACGAGUAUGGCUCGGAUGGCUCAUACGGCUACGACGAGGGAGAGAUCUCUGCCCGCGUACGGCUCCAAUGA